CACAGUUUCAUCCUGUUCGUCAUCGAGAUCGGAUGCCCCGCCACUGCCCGCGCUUCAGCAAUACAUAUGCCACACAAGAUAAUGACCCUGACACCAAAAUGAUGCUUAGGUCAUCGCCGGCCGAUAGUCCUCGUCCUUCAAGCGAGGAGGCAAAUGGGAAAGCACAGGCACUACUCCAGUGCGCCUGGUAGCAAAUCUAGUCUACUCGGCCUUCCCUCCGAGCUUUUAUCCACGAUCCUAGCAUACCUUUCCCCGACCGAUUUGGCCAACGUCUCGGAGACAUGCCGUGCCAUGUACGGCCAUGCAACGGCCGACCAUCUCUGGCAGGCCCUCGUGCAAGCCAACGUGCCGGGACAGCGCGUCAUCUCCUCAUACCCCUGUCUCUCUUUCCGCGAGCUGUUCAAGAAACACUACCCUCGCUGGUUUGUGCCUAAAUACAAAAUCUGGUUCUCGGACACCGGCCUUUCGGGACGGGUGAUAGUGACCCGCUACGACCAAUUGAGGGGAUGCAUUGAGGGGUACCAACUGGUUGCGAACCAAAUAGACGACAGCGACCCUCAAAUAUGGGAGGGCGACGGCGAGAGCACCAUUAGUGACUUCCAUCCGGAGGUAAAGCUGCACCUAGACCACCCCAUUCUACGCCUAGCAGUUGAUGAGGCCACGGAUGAGGCCGAGGCGGAUCAUAUAGCCGUCAGGAUCUCCCGCCCGGAUGGCCGUGAGGAGUCGGCUAGUUCUUUGCAGGCGAGCAGCAGCACUAGCAAGGACGAAGAGCGCCCAGAAGGGAACCGCUUUCAAGCUGAGAUUCCGAUGCGACUGGCAGGUGACGACCACAUACGAAGCAGCUUCAUUCACGCCCGUGCCUGCCACCCGUCCGAGCCGGGGGCCACCCAACUCUGGCCCCCGACCACCGUCCCCGCCUCUCGCCGCGUUGCAAGCGUAUCCGUUGAAUUCGUUGAGACCCCCGACUCGCUCGGGCCAGUGCAUGUCGCGGCCUCUCGUGGUGCUGUCUUUGACCAAGCUUUCCGCAUACACAAGUGGAUUGAGAUGCGCAUCUUCGGGUUCAACCCCCGCGCGGAUCCUGGAAUAGGCCCGCGGCUGAUCCGCAUUGGCCAGGAGGUCUCGACAUACGCGACCCUCGACCCCAAACUGUACACGCCGACUCCGGACCGGCCCUACCGUGGGAUAUGGGUGGGUCAGUAUGGCUCGCAUGGGUGCGAGAUCCUCUGGAUUAACCAGCCUGACCAGCCCGACGACGCCUUCAAUGCGGAUGGCAUCCCCCGUCUCGAGCACGAGUCCGAUGAAGGCUAUGAGCGGCGUAAGCACGACGCUACUAUUCACCGGGGCCGUCUGGAAGCGGUCAAGCUCACUGGUGACGCCAACGUACCGCGUGGCGAAUACAGCUUCAUCUGCGACGACCUCGGGGACGGCGGGUUCGUGCGGGUCUCGGAUCAGCGGCCAUUUGAAGGAGUCAGGGUCGUCAAGAGUAGGGGCCAUGUUGCGGAUCACGGGUUUGUGGACGAUUUCUAUAUCUUUGGCCAUUUAAUGCUGAUCUCACCUGACCGACUGGCGCAUCAUUGGAUUGACCUAAAACACAUCAGUUACUAUCAGCGGAUAGACAUCGACCAGUUCUUGGCUACACACUGAGUUGAUAUCUUCCUAAAGUGGUUGGGAGUGUUUACGGGACUCGGAAACGAUAUCUAAUGAUACCCAGGCCGAGUAGGUGUGACACUACAGGAAAGCCAAGGGGUAAAAGAUCACUGGGAGCAUACGUUGAAGAUAGGUGCAUUAAAGUAACCGAUCAGAAAAGAGAUCUAAUGAGGGGACGGAUUAGGGAGAUCACUGCUUAUAUAUAUAGGAAAGGUCCCUAUAGUGGUAUGUGGCCCAGGAAUCAUUACCCCGGUCCAUGCCAAGCGCUCUGCUGCGUCCGACACAAUAAUACUCAGGCCGAGUUGGCCAUGCAGGAUAACUGCGGUGGCGAGAUAUUUUCUUCAUCCGAUG